UCUCAAGCCCAGCGGCUUUUAACCCCAGUAGAGAUCCAGCUCACCAGACCGCACAGACUGCAGACGGAUAGGAGGAGCAGCCUGUGUGGUCCUGGGCCGGAGGUCACCCAACGCCCCAUACUUUGAUUUACCAUCAGGGAAGCUGAUGCGUGCCGUGUGCCUGACUGAGGAGCACUCUGUAGUAGUCUCCAGGGUUAGAGUUAGGGUCUGUGUCACCUGUCACUUCCCAUCCCGUGCCAAGUAGGGACGUGGGCAGGAAGCACGGGGUAGCCUGGCUGUCCCACCCGCCUUUCCGGUUUCUUUCUCGCACCCUGGGCUCCUGGUGCAUGGCUGCAGUGCUCAGGCUCCUCGGCGGCAGCCCCGAGGGCUCAGAGUGCUGACCCCCAGGCUGGCUCCGUGCGCCUUCGCCCACAACCAGGCUCACUAGGAAUGGAACCCUUCCUCCGGAAGCGGCUCACUUUCUUGUCCUUUUUCUGGGAUAAGAUAUGGCCAGCGGGUGAGUCGGAGGAAGACAUCCCUCGCAUCCAGGCACUCGACGACAACCCAGUGCCGGAGCAGCCGGCUGCCGUUGAGCCUUGCAGCUUCCCGGUCCCACGUGCCCGGCUCUUCCGAGCGCUCUACGACUUCACUGCUCGGUGCGCAGAGGAACUCAGCGUCAGCCGCGGGGACAGACUCUACGCCCUCAAGGAGGAGGGGGACUAUAUCUUUGCCCAAAGGCUGUCUGGGCCGCCUAGCACCGGACUGGUUCCAGUCACCUAUCUCGCCAAGGCUACCCCCGAGACGCCCUCAGACCAACCUUGGUACUUCAGUGGGAUAAGCAGGACUCAGGCCCAGCAGCUGCUCUUGUCUCCUGCCAACGCACCAGGGGCUUUCCUGAUCCGGCCCAGCGAAAGCAGCAUCGGGGGAUAUUCUCUGUCAGUGCGGGCCCAGGCUAAAGUCUGCCACUACCGCAUCUGCACGGCACCCAGCGGCAGCCUCUACCUGCAGGAGGGCCGACUUUUCCCCAGCCUGGAUGCCUUGCUGGCUUACUACAAGACCAACUGGAAGCUGAUCCAGAACCCUCUGUUGCAGCCCUGCAUACCUCAGAUGCCCCUGGCUCAGGACGAGUGGGAGCGGCCACGGUCAGAGUUUGUCCUUCGGAGAAAGCUGGGUGAAGGCUUCUUCGGGGAGGUGUGGGAAGGCCUGUGGCUGGAUUCUAUACCUGUGGCAGUGAAAGUGAUCAAGUCAGCCGACAUGAAGCUGGCAGACCUCACUAAGGAGAUCGAGGCACUGAAGAGCUUGAGGCAUGAGCGGCUGAUCCGGCUACAUGCUAUAUGCUCCCUGGGUGAACCCGUGUACAUCGUUACUGAGCUCAUGGGCAAGGGGAACUUGCAGGCCUACCUGGGCAGCCCUGAGGGAAAGGCCUUGAAUCUGCCUCAUCUACUGGGGUUUGCCUGCCAGGUAGCCGAGGGCAUGAGCUACCUGGAGGAGCGGCGUGUCGUCCACCGGGACUUGGCUGCCAGGAACGUGCUGGUGGGUGACGACCUCACCUGCAAGGUAGCUGAUUUUGGCCUUGCCAGGCUGCUCAAGGACGACGUCUACUCCCCAAGCAGUGGCUCCAAGAUCCCAGUCAAGUGGACGGCACCUGAGGCAGCUAAUUACCGUGUCUUCUCCCAAAAGUCGGAUGUCUGGUCCUUUGGCAUCCUGCUGUAUGAAGUUUUCACUUAUGGCCAGUGUCCCUAUGAAGGAAUGACCAACCACGAGACACUACAGCAGAUUAGUCGUGGCUACCGCCUGCCACGCCCAGCUGUCUGCCCAGCAGAGGUCUACGUGCUCAUGGUGGAGUGCUGGAAGGGCAGCCCCGAGGAGCGUCCCACCUUUGCCACACUGAGAGAGAAGCUGAGUGCCAUACAUAGGCGUCUCCAUCUGGGCCUCACGUGACCAGGUCUCCAGACCCACAGACAAGCAGCUAGGGUAGCUGCAACACUUGUCAUCAAUGCCCAUAGGAGUUGCAGCACAACUGGGAAAUGCCGCACAGAGCUCCAACGUUGGGACUCCUUCACAGACGUAGACUGGUGCUUACAUGUGCACACCAGAUGGACGCAUGCAGAUUGGGCCUGAUCAUGAGUACUCACUUAGGUGGAAAUGAAGGCUGAUAGCCUCCCCCUGGCAUACUUUGAAUUCCUGGUGUCUCCAAAGUGUUGGUAAAGUAUAGAAGAGGCACUGUGAGGAAGCGCUGGAUGAAGGUGUACCAGCAGAGCCAGCAGUUUCCUCCUGGCCCUCACCUCAGCUCCCUCCUAGAAUCAAGGAUGAGAAACCCAAUUUCCCUCAGAUCUUAUUGUUGAUUUGGUUGCAUAGCCAGCAUUAAGGCUCCCGAGCGAGCAUAUGUCACUAGUAGAGGCUGUGUACUCAAAGGGGACAGCGGCAGCACUUGCCCCCACCCGCUGUCCCACAUUUACAGGCAAACCUUAGGCACACAGAGUCAGUUCAAUAAACAUGCUCCAAUGGACUCACGUGACAGUACCCAGAACGGAGUGAUGCUGGAGGCUCUUAAAGAUGGGAGAGCUGAGCCACACCCAGAUCCAGAACUGCAUUUACAACGUGGGC